AGCAUCCCAUAUCUCCCGAAAUCCUCAAAGUUGUCGCGUCUCGAGUCAUUCCCAACGACAAGACUGACCACCUAUUGCUCUCGCCAGAAACAGAAGACGUUGGUCCAUACGAGAUCCCUCUCCCCCGUGAAAUUGCCGGCCUUGAAACAUAUGUGCCUGCGUACCUUAACGUUCCUCACAUUCGACGUCUUGCCAGUCUGGUAGAGUGAGGCAUUUCUUUCUACUUUGUAAUCUUUGGUUUUGCUGCGUCCUACCUUACGUAAUAUUCUCUUUCCCCGUAUUGGUCUAUAAUGCAUUGUUAUUAUUUCUUUUGCUGGCAACUUAUUACUGAGGUCUGUACCCUCAAACAAUCAUAAGCAGGACGGCUGGGCACGAGCCUGUUACUGAGGAUCUGGCCUGACUCUAUUGCCCGCUUCCGGAAGCAAGUUUAACACGCGUCUCUAUCCAUCGACCCCGAUCAGAGUUGUACAUGAUGCCAGACUUCGUCCCGGCUGAAGGCUUUAAUGCCAGCAAUGAACGCGACUGGGCCGCUACUCUUGGUAUGCUUGACUGGGAUAAGACCUCUGUUGUCUUCACCAAGCGUGAACUCGUUGAUUUCCUUCGCCACAUGGGAGUGACCGUUGAUACGGACUGGAGGAACGUCUCAAAGCUUCCCAAAUAUGCUUCGAUCGGGAGGUUUAAUGGUUUCUUGUCAGCAGAGAACAAAGAAACAUCAUCUGCCUCCGCUCCUUCUGCUGCUAUCCCACCACCUGUUCAGGCUGCUGGAGGCUUCAAACCCUCACGUCGUGUCCGUACCGUUCCUGGUGGCCCUUCUACAAUCAAUAAAUUGUUCGGAGAGGAUGACGAGUCUUCAACUUUCCCCCCACCUAAGGUAGCAUCGCCUCCCGCCACAGCCACCGAGCCUCCAACUUCUGAUGAGCUAGAGAAGAACCUUGACGAACUAUCGUUAGAGGAAACCGAGAGGCAAGCCGCUUUCAAAACCGCUUUUAAGCCCAGUAGGCGUGUCCGAGAGAUACCAGGAGGACAGGACACCAUUUCCCAGUUGUUCGCCGGUGAAGACGAAGGGGUGACGGGAAGCACAAGACCAUCCCGUCGUGUUAGAACUGCCCCUGGUGGGGAGUCGAGCGGGAUUUUCGACUGAAUUCUCAUCCCUGCUGCGCCUCUUCGGGUCAUCCGACUGUCAUCCGCUGUUUGAAAUGUCAGUCAUCACAUCAGACAUGAAUACUACGGGGCUUUGUGCCUCAGCCAUGAAGAAA